AUGGUUGCGACGGAGAGAUGGUCUCAAGUUGACGUUGACACAAUUUUCAACUUAAAAUAUUGUCAAGGAUGGUCCGAGCCAAAAAUUACCGACUUCAUGGUUGCCAACUCUCGAAGUCGCCGAAAUGUCAAGGUUGCUGGAAUUCGAUAUGUUCUUAGGAAUAGACGACCAUCAGCUACAACAAUAGGUUAUCUCAAAAAGACGCAAGGUUCAACACUUACAAAAAUCUCGGCCGAAAUUGAGCACCCUAAAUCUUCAAUUUACUCGUACAAAGCUCCACUCAUCAAAGACUAUGGGCAGAAAUUCAGCUUAUCUAUGACUGAUCAACAGCCAUUAAAUCUUGAAUUGCCGCAGCUCUUAUAUCCUGAUAAUUUACAGGUGUCAGUACCACACACUAAUUCACAUAGCCAGCUACAACAAAGCCAAAUAAGUAUGCAAACUUGUUUAUUUCCUUCCCAACCUACCUUACAGAAAAUAUGUAAUCGUAGGCAGUCACAGCCUCUUAACGAAGGUGCUCAGGAGCAAGUUUUCCGCUUAGAAAACCAGCAACUCACUCAACAAAGUUUGAACUUGGAUACAAACCAGAGCCUCCACUGGAAUCAGUUUGAUCCCAACUAUAGCGAACUCAGCUUAGGACUUCCACAAAACGCUGAUGCAUUGACAAGGAAUAAUGAGAUUUUAGAAUCUAUGGGGCAACUGAACCGUCGUGGUCAGGAUUCAAGGAGGAUAGAGAAUAAAACUGAAGAUAUAUCAGAGGAUGAUAUAACUUUGCUCCAACUUCAAAGAACCAAUUUUAUAAAUAAAAAUAUAGACAUUUGCGAGAAGGCCCAGAGACAAGCCCCUCAAGAACAAGUAAGUGAACAGCUAUUACAAGCUCAAAUGAUGCCGCCCCACCAUAAGUAUCACUAUAAUACAGCAAUACAAGAACAAAGUUUGUAUGAUACUACAACCUCAGAAAGCGAAGCCUGGAGUAGCUCUUCAGUAUCACUAGCACAGCCUUGGGUUGAUUCUUUUGAUCCUGAUCUUAUUUCUGGAGCUGAAAAAUGUACGAAUUGGCCUCAUUACCCGCCCAUUUCAAAGCAGCUUCCCUGGAUUGAAUCAAAAAUUCCACCAGUAGCUCUAAAUGAACAACCAAGACAUAUCACAGGUCAAAAAAAUGAUACCAAACAGAAUUCGAGUUAUUCAAAUAAUGAUGAUAACUCGUCGCCUAGUUUACCUUGUCAAAGAAUAAUACCUCAACUCGAAUGCCCAAAACGCCAAGAUUGUGUAAACACGUUUACCUCAAUUGGAUCAAAUAUUAAGAGUGUCCAGGAGACUAACUUUGAGCACAACUUGGAUGACCUGGUUGGAGAAAUUUUGAAUAGUCUUCCGCAUUCGCAACAAAAGAAAACUCCAAAAAUAGAUAUGAAAAAGGAUCUAAUUCAAAAAGGUUAUAAAGCCAAUUCGUUGAUAGAUACAAAGGAUAUGUAUUCUAUGUGUGAAUUUCCUCUUUCAUCCCAAUCUAAUUUCCCUGAAAGUCCUGAGAGUCUAAUUCCACCGCAAUAUUUCAAUCCCUUGCCUCAGUAUUCCAAUCAACAAGGUAUUUGCAACUUGAAAUCUAAAUGGCCAGGUGGUCACGAUUAUGGUCAAGAAACAAGCAACAGUCCACAAGACACAAUUUACAGAAUGAAUGAGCCACCUUUGGAUAAUCUAUAUGGAUAUAAACAACAGCCUGGUCCAGGGAAAAAUCCUGUAAUUAAGACAAACAAGUUUGGAGGCAUCAGAGGGGCACCAUCUUUAAACACUUCAUACUGGGAUCUUCCUCUCGAUCCACUAUGUACUGCCAGCUUUUAUGAAGAUUGGCCCACAACUCAGAAUCAAAAAUAUAUUUGGGCUCAGCAAAUAUCCCAGAUUACGAGCAAUUUGAAAUUGCAUGACAAUCCUAAUGUAAUGUCACAACAUUCUUUGCCUGAGACCAAUACGAGGGAAUCAACUAGCAACUUUCCGACUCAAGAAGUACCCAUCAUCCUUCCAGAUACAGCGAUUAGAAAUCAAAAUACUCAUAGACGCGAAAAGUUAUGUGGCGUAGCUUCUGAUAUAUCUACCUCUACUAUCGAUAAGACUGUGACUGGUAGCCUUAAUGCCGAGAAUCUAAAACUUAAAGUUGAUAAUACUUUCGACACAAAAGCAUCAGAGUUUUGUCCAAGUUUCUCAAUUGAUGAUUCUACUGUACCUCUCCAAAGUACCAAGGUGUUGGUUGACAUUGUCGAAAAGUGUGAUAAGCCCUACGAUUGUGCAGCUGAUGGAAUAAAUAUAACUCAUAACGGGAAAGUGUGCCAUCAAAACUUUGAAAUCAACCGUCAAGACUUCAUCCAAACUGAGUCAGGUGAAUCUGAUUUAAUACCCAGCAACUUAAUCCAGUCUAGUGUUGUAGAACCAGAAACAGCCGUAUUUCAAAACUCUACUCACGAAAUAGGAAUUAGAUCUACGGGAAUUUUGAUAAAUCAUGUAUCACCUAUAGGCCAAAAAACCCAACUUAUACGGAAACAUGAAGCUCAAAGUUGUAAUAAGAAUCAGAAAGACAUCCAUCAAGAGACUUCUAAGCUGUGCAACUUCAAAAAAGAUAAAAUAUUCCAUGCAAGAAGAGGAAACUCGAGACUCAAACUAGCACCACAAAACCAAUAUCAGAGUCAACGUAAUAAUUUGAAAACAAAAAGACAGACAGCUAUGGGAACACCUGAUAAUAAUUUUAUCCAAUAUCAAUCUAAGCGAGAUGGCACCAAUGAUAGUACAAGUGCUAAAGUAUUGAAGGAAGAUUCAAGAGAACCUUCAACUUUAAAGAUUCAGACUGAAAAUCUAAAGACGACAAAAGAAUUGAAGCCCACAGGGCUAGACUCAUCCUUUUCAUUCCAAGCGAUCGAGUCACUACAUCUAAAAAUGAGAACUGAUUCUCAUGAGAUAUCCUUGAAGCGUGUAUCUCCAUCGGCAGAUACGGACAGUAUGAUAUCUGUCAAGAGAAGAAAUUUAAACGAGUGA